AACCUCCCUCCCAGAGCUCCACUGGGAGGUGGAGCAACAAUGGAAGAGGAGAGCUGCAACGUCAAAUAUCCUGAAAUGAAAGUGAAAGUUAGUCUGAGCGACAGCAGAGCUGCAGUCGAGACAACUCUCUCCGUUUCUCUCUAAAGAAACAUUCAACUGAAUCCAGCAGCUUUUUCUCUACAACAGGAGAAUCUCUGCCUAACACUGAUUGUCGAUAUGUCCGCUGCCAGCUGUCUGCUGACUGAAGAUCAGUUUCUGUGCUCCAUCUGUCUGGAUGUGUUCACUGAUCCGGUCACCAUACCAUGUGGACACAACUUCUGUAAAACCUGCAUCACUGAACACUGGGAACUUAAUGUCCCCAAUCAGUGUCCCAACUGUAAAGAGGUUUGCAACACCGGACCUGAGCUGCGAGUCAAUACUUUGAUCUCUGAGGUGGCUGCUCAGUUCAGACAGUCAGCUCAGCAGAAAGCCAGCAGCAGCAGCAGCAGCAGCUCAGAGCAACAAGUGUCCAAACCAGCAGAAGUUCCCUGUGACGUCUGCACUGGAACCAAACUGAAGGCCCUGAAGUCCUGCCUGGUGUGUCUGGACUCCUACUGUGAGACUCACCUGGAGCCUCAUCUGACAAGGUCAGGUCUGAAAAGACAUCAGCUGAUCGACCCUGUGGAGAACCUGGAAGGCAGGAUGUGUACGAAGCACGAUAAACUGCUGGAGCUGUUCUGUAAGACCGACCUGAUGUGUGUCUGCAUGCUCUGCACCAUUUCUGACCACAAGACACAUGAUGUUGUUCCUCUGAAAGAAGAAUAUGAAGUUAAGAAAGCAGAGCUGGGGGCUAAAAUUCAGCAGAUGAUCCAGAAGAGACGACUGAAGAUUCAGGAGAUCAAACAUUCAGUGGAGCUCAGUGAUAAAGAUGCAGACAGAGAGAUAGCAGGAGGUGUUCAGGCCUUCACCGCUCUGAAGGAGUGUGUUGAGAGAAGCCAGGCUGAGCUCAUCAACACGAUCAAAGAGAAGCAGAGAAAGACAGAGAAACAGGCUGAACGCUUGAUCAAAGAGCUGGAACAGGACAUCUCUGAGCUGAAGAAGAGAAGCACUGAGGUGGAGCAGCUCUCACAGUCUGAAGACCACCUCCACUUCUUCCAGGGCUUCAUGUCCCUGAACGCUUCUCCACCCACCAAGAACUGGACAGAAACCAUCAUCCGUCCACCACAUGAGGGGACUGUGGUGAGAGCUGUGAAUCAGAUGGUGGAGACACUCAGGAAACAGAUGAAGAAGCUGCUCGCUGAGGCUGAGCUAAAGAUGGUCCAGCAGUCUGCAGUGGAUGUGACCCUCGAUCCUGAUACAGCACAUCCAAACCUCAUCCUGUCCGAUGACGGAAAACAAGUUCAACAUGGCGAUGUAAAGAACAAUCUCCCAGACAAUCCAGAGAGAUUUGAUACUUGUUCUAAUGUUUUAGCAAAGCAGAGUUUCUCUUCAGGAAGAUUUUAUUACGAGGUUCAGGUUAAAGGGAAGACUGACUGGUUUUUAGGAGUGGCCAAAGAGUCGAUCAACAGGAAAGGAAGAAUCACACCAAGCCCUCAGAUUGGCUACUGGUUAAUAUGUUUGAGGAAUGCAAACGAGUACAAAUCUUGUGCUGACCACGUAAUCAGUCUCUCUCUGAAGUCUCGUCCUGAGAAGGUGGGGGUGUUUGUGGAUUAUGAGGAGGGUCUGGUCUCCUUUUAUGAUGCUGAUGCUGCAGCUCUUAUCUAUUCCUUUACUGGCUGCUCAUUCACUGAGAAACUCUACCCACUCUUUUGUCCUUGUAAUAACGGUGGUAAAAACUCUGCCCCUCUGAUCAUCUCUCCUGUCAAUCGCACUGAGUAGAAUCAUUUGAUUUCCUACAAAAAUCCUAAUAGUUAUGUAAUAACUGCCUAAAAUAGCUGUUUUACUUCACAUGAUGGUAAUGUCUUAAUGCCAUUUUUUUUUUUAUUAAAUAGCAUAAGGGCUCAGCCUUGUGCUCAAACACACCAGGUUGAUUUGUGUUACGUAUUAUUCUCAAAUCGCUUCUAAUAGGUGCAACAGCUUUCUUCAAGACCAUCAAAACACCACAAAUAAUGUAUUAUAAAAAAGAAGCACUGGCAAAAGUCAUAUGUUCAUUUGGCAAAAUCAAAACUUUGGCACAAUUACUGAGGGGAAAUGUAUUAAUAAAAGCAAAAUGUAAA